AUGAAUUUGAGUACCAAACUUCUGAUUUCUUGCUGCCCUCGGUUUCAAGAUCAGGGACAUCCGAAAGCCGCUUCUUUGAAAACUGUCCUAUUAUUGUUUCCAGAGCUUUGUGCAGAACUCUUUGAUGGAAACAGUGCAUCUGGUAAUCUCAAUUAUGCCACAUCCCAAACAUCAUCAGGACAUGGACCAUCUUCUUUCCAUGUCGCACCACUACAUCUUAUGGACGCCCCUUCCAUUAACAUAGAUGAGGAUGAUUUCUUUUCCAAGCAUACUAGUGAGCAUUUUACUCAGCCUUCACCUUCUACUACUUCAUCUUCUGUUAAUUCACCUUCUGCUGCUUCACCUUCUGUGCCAACUUCUUUUAAUCUGAAUCCAAACAUUCCGGGACAUAAUAGGAGGCUACGGCAGGUGAUCAAGGGAGCAGUUGGUGCACUUGAUGGCACUUUGAUACAUGUUGUUGUCUCUGCAAACAAACGGGAUUUAUAUAGAAGUAGGGGAAAAGGCGAUUGUUACCAAAACGUAUUGGUAAUAUGUGACUUCAACAUGAUGUUUACGUUUGUUGUGACCGAUUGGGAAGGGAUAGCACACGAUUCUAGAAUUUUAUCAGAAGCAUUAGCAAAUCCACAUGCACCAUUCUCGCUUCCACCACCAUAUAAAUAUUAUCUUUUUGAUGUCGCCUAUGCAAACAUUCGAGGUUUUAUGACACCGUACCGUAAUGUGAGGUAUUGGCUUGGAGAUUUCCGUUGA